UCUCCGCUGUUUGAAAAGCAUUGUUUAUGAGCGAGCAAGUCUUUUUGAUUAUGAUUAGGUCACAAACAAUUACAAAUCUUUGUGUUGGUAAUUUGGUGUGAGUGAAUUUACUUUCAGCAGAAAGUUCUUUCUUGCUUUAAAUAUUUCAUUCGUGAGCUUCUGCAGAGCUAAAAACAGGCCGGCAAUCCCGUAAAGCAAAACGCUCGGUAUUUGUGAAAUGAACCCACAUCAAGCAAUGACAGGGGCUCCUAGCGCCGCUGCUCUCGUAUUGUCCAAAUCAUCCGAGAGAAAAACCGAACAGACAGCGAGCCGAAAGAAAAAACCCGACAGAAAAUUGGACCAAUCAACGUCUAAAAGCAAGACUAAUGAACAAUCAGCAGCCAAUAGGAAACAAGCUAUUCAAUGUGGAGUCGAAAUUAAGACUAGCCAGUCAGCUGUCGAGAACAAAGGUACGUUUGACCAAUCAGCGCCCGCUUUCAAAAAAUCUGACCAAUCAGCGGCUAUUUUGAAAAAAUGGGACCAAUCAGCGAUGAGUGUUGGACAGAGCACUGCUGUUAGUGACGUCAUCAAGCAGGAGUGGCAAAAGGCGAAGGAUGAGUUUGAGCAGAAGGGAUUGGAACUGCGGAAGGCGAAGACCAAUUUGAACCAGCUCAGAUUGCCCCCUCAUGGGCUAGAACAUCUCAGUAUUUUCUCCAAUGAUUCUGGGUCGGCGGGAGGUACUAGUCAUGGAGAUGGCAUCAAUUCGAGUUCCAGAUCAUCUUAUAACUCCCAGCCUCUGACCCCUAGAACAAAAGAGCGAGUAUUUCAGUUCUCCAUGGAAAAGGACAUGAAGAUUAAGCGAAGUCUGACGCAGUAUGACGACUGGCGUCAAUCUAUCCGGGAACACGUGGAGAACUCCAUCAGUUCCAAGGUAGGCCAGAGACUGGACACACCCCCGGAAGAGAGGAUGCGGAGGAACAAAAUACAACAGCAACUCGCUCAGCGGAAGAUCGACUUGAAUAAAUCUAAGGAAUCGGAGACAGUCGAGGAGCCCCCGAAGUCGCCCCAAGAAGAGAAGUCGGAUAUCCGACCUGGUGAAGAAUGGCAGAAGCGUUUCGGAAGUGCGACUAAAACUGGCUACGAGGCUAGACCAGUGUCCAGACUCCGCAGCACAAUCAAGGAAACGACAGAGGCCAUUCAGAACAUGACCAGUCCUCAGGAGCUCCGCAUAGUACCAAAUACUCAUCAGUCAUACAGCCAAAUUGCCAAUCAGCCUAUAGCUCCAUCGGUCGAAAACAACGCCUACGAACAAAGGGUUAAAUUAUUCUCCAAAUUCAACAAAGAGGGUUUCCGAGACGCAGUUAGAAAGGGAGAUUUGUCAGACGGAGCGAAAACUGGUCAAUAUGUAGACGCUAUUGGAAUAGUUUUGACCAAUCACGGUCCGUUCUGGCCUGUGGGAUUCGGCCCUAUGGUACCCACGCCUCGCCAUAUAUAUUCGCCCAAGGAGAUCCACGAGCCUCUUUGGACGAGAGAAACUAACAGACAAGGCAGUAAUGACAAAGCGUCCAGACGCAUAGUGCAAUACUAUAGUGGGGUGAGUUGGGGAGACCAGCCACUCCUCAUCUAUGACUCAUCCUCCAUUGAACCGGGACAGCUGGUGGCUCCACACGAACAACUGCCCCACCCCAACUGCCCACCCCAUCUCCAGUUCGAAUCUAGGUUCGAGUCGGGGAAUUUGCAACACGUUUACAGGGUUGGCUUGUUCGAGUACGAGUUGGUGUUGAAGCCAGACAUGUUCACGGAGAGACACACCCAGUGGUUCUACUUCCGGGUGAAGGGGGGAGGAGGGGGAGGUGCAGGAGGGGCAUCGUCAGGGGGCAUGGUUCCAGGUGCCACUUACUCAUUCCGCAUACUCAACUUCACCAAAUCAGACAGUCUAUACAAUUACGGUAUGCGCCCAUUGUUUUAUUCCGAGACCAAUGCCGAGGCCAAAAGUCAAGGCUGGGUCAGGUCAGGUCACCACGUGGAGUACAGUCAGAACACAGACAGUGUCAAGUCUAUUCCAGAUGUGGUCAAAAAUAGAAACUACUUUGUGUUGUCAUGGCAACUGGAGUUCCCUCAUAAAGAAGACACGUGUUACAUGGCUCAUUGCUACCCAUACCCUUUCAGUAGAUUACGCAAUUACAUCGAAUCGUUGAUGGAACAGACUCACAAACAGAAGAUGUUCCGAAGAGAGACGCUAUGCGAGACUAGAGCCAGGAACACCUGCUACCUCCUCACCAUCACGUCAAACCAAGUUCCUGAUCAGCAGAAGAAGGCGGUGGUGGUCACUUGCAGAGUGCACCCGGGGGAGACAAACAGCAGCUGGGUGCUAGAAGGGUUCCUAGACUUCAUCACUUCACAACACCAAAUAGCACAGGUGCUCCGGAAGCAGUUCAUCUUCAAAGUGGUGCCGAUGUUGAACCCAGAUGGGGUGAUAGUGGGCAACUACAGAUGCUCCUUAUUUGGGAGGGACAUGAACAGGAACUACAGGAAGCCCAAGAGGGACUUCUUCCCCACCAUCUGGCACGUCAAGAACCUCAUCGAGAGGACCAUGGUCAGAAACGAGGUGCUAUUAUACGUGGACCUGCAUGGCCACAGCAGGAGACACAGUGUGUUCAUGUAUGGCUGUGACGCUGGCUACUUGGAGGGGGAGGCGGACCUGCCAGAGAACUACCUCAACGAACGCCUCUUCCCCUUUCUCAUGUCCAUGAAGGGUCCGGAGCUGUUCUCGUUUUCGAAGAGUAAGUUCCACAUCAAGAAGUGCAAGGAGAGCACAGGAAGGGUGGUGAUGUUCAGAGACUACAGAAUAUUCAACUCUUUCACCAUGGAGACCAGUCUCAGCGGAUCCAACGCAUGUGCCACAAUGACUCAACCGGGGAAACAUUUCGGCAUCCAUGAUCUGAAGAAAGUUGGUCACGUGUUUGGAGAAGCUCUUCUAGAAUACUCCAAGAUCAUAUCUGACCAAUUUGGGACAAGCUCUAAGUCCAAAAAACUAACAGCUCAACACGACUAUAUUUUGGAGUUGACCAGGGUAAUUGCUCAUCAAAUGAUUGACCAAUCAUGUGCUGACACGUCAUCACAGCGCCAAGAAGACGACAAGAGCGACAGCCAAUCAAAAACGGAGGAUGUGGAAAUAUUAAAACAAAAGACAGCUGAAGACGAGAAAAAGUUUAAAGAGCAACAAGACGCAACUUUGGCGGUCGCCAAGGCCGAAAAAGAUAAAGCAGUGGCGGAGGUGGCUGGACUGCUGAGCAAGACUAAGAACCUGAAAGAUUGUCUCAAACUGCUCGAGCGGAUCAAAAGGGCAGACAUGUCAGUCCAGUCAGACUCCGAUGAUUCGGAUAGUACCUCGGAGUCUGAAUUCGUGGAUUCCCGAAGUGCCAAACUGAAGAAAAAACUAAGGGGCAGGAAGAAGUCGACGCUUCAAACAGCGGAGUCCAAAAAGUCUGCAGCUGAAGCGGCCGCCAAAGCAGAGAUGUUGGCGAGUAAGAGAACUCUUGCAACUAUGAGUAUGUACCAGAGUCCGUAUGCCAGCAGGAGUGGAGGGGGCUUCCCAAUCUUCACAGAAGAACGCAUCAUGGACCGCAAGAAAGUUGUCGAUCCGGUAGGCGAAGCGUCGCGCUGUCACGGCCAAGCAGUAAUCGAAAACGGGAUCUCCGUACCUCAAAAACAGAAGAAUGGGAAACUGAAUUACAGUGUUGGCGUAAGCAACGCAACCGACAGUUUCGCACACCAGUGUCUGGAGACUGAGAGACUAGAACCUUCGCCAGAUGAGAGCAUGACUCAUGAGCAAUACGGACAGUAUCUCAAACAAAGAAACGGAAUUUCAUCACACUCCCCGAAUAAGAUGCCAUCUACAAACUCAACCCCAAGUGGCUCUAGGGGUCAAGAGAUCAAUCGAAGGUCAAUGACCCCUGUGAAAAACCUCUUUAUUGACGCCUUCGGUGACCAAGCACAGCACAAUUUGACACGCCACCAACAAUUACACCGAUGUCGAACUCCAUCAAGUAGCCAAUUAAGCAACGGGCCAACUGCUCCUGCUGUAAACUUCAGUCAUUCCGCCCCACAUAGCAGUAUCAGCCAGCUGAAGUCAACUCAGAGUACACUGAUACAUCAGGCAAAUCAGCAUCACCCUGGAAACUUCAACCAACCAUCAACUGCCGGCGAAUCCUUAGCAAUGAAAGCCUUGUAUAACGGAGGCAAGGCAAUCGACCGAUCUAACGGGACUAUUAUAUCUUACUAUAUCAAGAAAAAAUGAUCAAUUACUUUAUUUCGAAUUAAUGCAGAUUGUGGGUGAUACAUUUUAAAUUUAAAAUCUACCAU